GUUUCGGACGCGGUCGACGAUUUCCUCUGAAUUUCAAAUGCCGCGAGUUCUGGCCGAUGAAGCUGUGCUCCGAGGAACUGACACUCGUCGAAUGCCGCUCAAUUCGGCCAUUGCCUCCGUCAUUUGCAAGCGGCCGUCACUCAAUUCUUGGUCUGAAGCUGGAGGCAGGCUGCAGCCACUGGGAUUCAAUUUGUUCUAUAGCUCCGAGGGUUGACCCACCCUGCAUUUUCUGGUUUUGGGAGAGCCAGAGAGACGGGCAUCCAUUUUCCGGGAUGGUUUUGAGUACAUCGGCGGACAAAGUUAUGGUUUAUUGAACUUCUCUUCCGCUGUCGUCGCUUAGAUGUUCAAGAGUGGAGCCCUCUGCGUUCCAUGAUCUUUCCUCGUUGAGGCAUUCUGGUUUGGAAUGGACUAAGUCCUGGUCAAAGAAAUGGAAGAAGCUGACGCAUCCGAAUUCGACGGUUGUACAAUCUUUGAGUUCUGUAAUGAUCCUUUGGCUAGAUGGCCUCUCAGGCUCGAUAUAUCACGUGGAGAAGGUUACCUGUGGGAAACAUUUCUGGACACGACAAUGCCGAUGGUUGAGACGGGAGAGGCAUGCCUUAACAGUGCUGUAGAAGAGCAAUAGUCGCAAUGGUUAGGCAACCAAGUCGCAAGAGAGCAGGUAUUGAAUGAGCGGAAUUGGAAAAUGAUCUCACUGCUCAGUCCCGGAAACUGUGACAAGAAAAGCUCUCUCGGGCGAAAGUGUAUCAAAGCGUAAACUUUCCUACUUUGUGGAUGUUGCAACUGUCAGGACUCUCCGUCUUCAGGUAGAGGGAGUAUCGUGGCUGGAGUUCAAGUCUUGAGCUCAAUGGAGUUCAGAGAGAGGGGAUCAGGGUCCCCUUGCGCACAGUUUUCAUGACUUGGCAGCUGCUGAUAUGAUGCUGACUCGAUGUUCCCUGUUAUCUGGUGCAGGCGAUUUAGGACACCAUGUCCUCAUAUGCAGUUGGAUGGCGUAUUAUCGACCAUAAAAUCCGUUCCAGUUAAACAAUGGCCUCCCGUGGUCGUCGACGGCCCCGUGUCGAAGAUUCUGAUGGCGAAGAUGUACUUGUGCUGAAUGAACUCAAUAAUUCCGCUCGUAGCCAGUCUCAGCACAUUCUACUCUCAGAUGACGAGGAUGAUUCAUUCACGGCUCCUAAUUCACAUCCUCCUCAGCAGAUGCCUUCUGCUUGGCUUCCUGUUGUAGAAGUGCUGCAUGGUAGAGGUGUCAAACCUCGUACUGAAUGGCUGUUAUCGUGCCUGAAUAAGUUGGCAGCAUCAUACUCGGAUUUUGCACAAAUGCCGGCUUUCAGGAAAGCUGAGCUCUGCUUUGAACAAUUUUUGAUGGCUGAUAUGAAUAUGGCUGGUGCUGCUGUACUUCCUGCAUCUAUGCACUCCCUCCAUGCCACAGAAUUGCCUGGCCCUUUUGUUCUGCAGGUCGAUGAGAUAACCGACAUAAGUAAUUCUGCAAGGGAUCGUUAUCAAGAAAAAGCGGCAGGACCUGGCAGAACGUUAAAGCUUUCAAUGACCGAUGGUGUUCAACGUGUAUAUGGGAUGGAAUACAGGCCAAUAAAAGCCCUCCAAGUGUUCUCUCCAGCCGGACUGAAGGUUUCUUUAAGAAAUGUAUGUGUACGGCGAGGGCUUCUCUUGCUUGUUCCAGAAAUCUUGGAAAUCAUGGGCGGGGUUGUGGAACGCUUAGAAACUGCCAGGUUAAGGGCGGUUGAAACCAUCAAUAAACCACCACGAGGAAGACGAGUUCCCCGGGGUACUAGAGAACCAUCAUUGGCCGAAUCUGCAACUCGCGCAGCCUGGCCAGAUGAGACUGGCGAGGAUUCUAGGGUGCCCCCUGCAGGAACUCGAUCGUCGACAGUAAUUCCUACACCUGGUACAACUCAUUCAGCAAGGGAUGUGCAGCGAAGAGAACAACACCGAUUCAACUCGCAGGAUCAGGAUGCAUGCUUGAGGGCGCCUUCGGCCCAGGUUACACCAGUACCUCAGUUUAUUAGGCCGGAAGCUGAGAGGUCAACAACUCAAAGUGAGGCUGGGCAAUUGCAUCAAAGAGCACAACCAAGUAGAGAGGCAUUCAAUGAAUCUGUAAUGAAUCAAACACCAAAGGUGGACGUAGUCCAACAUGUACACCAGCAUCAGCACGAUGUGCAGCAAGAUCAAAGUUUAGGAUUAAGUAGACAGUCUGGAAGGGCCUCCUGUACUCCUCGACUUACCAAAUUUGAAGUGGUGCAAGAAGAGCAGCACCAGCGCUGUCAACAAGAACAUGGAGCAGAAACAAGUAGGCAAGAAGGCAGCACUGCUGUCUCACAGCAGGCAUUAAGAGUAGGAACUGUACACCAAGGAGGACAAACCCAGGAGCAUUCAAGGCACGAGGCAGAAUCAAGUCGGCAGGCAAGCAAAUUUCGUGAUACCAAGCAGUGUGUCCAAUCAGCAACUCUGCAACAAGGAGAACAAGGCCAGGUUUCCCACAAUCGACCAGCUGCAGAACCCACGAAGUUGUCUGUCCCAUAUGCAGCUGAGGGACCUACACAAAGCCCUGGAGUCCCCUUACUGAGUCCAAGUCUCGGCAAACUUUCUCUCCGAUCUCGCCGAUCCACACAAUCAACUGUUUCACUGCAGUCGAAUCUGCAGUCUUCUCAACCAUCACAAUCAUCUUUGGGUGAAGAGCUUGAGAGGAAUGAAGAAAUUACCGAACCUGAGGACAAAGGCUGUGGCCUUGCUGCUGAAGAGACAACUCAUAUGUUAGAGAUUGAUAACAUCCCUUUCACUUAUCUGUCAACGCUGGAUGACACCAGGCAAUCAAAUAGAGGCCAGGAUGUAGAAGCUCGUGGUAGAGUCAAGUGCGUCAUCGCAGGAGUUGGUAAUUUUCAGUACAAGGGCUGUGAGGAGUUCAAGCUACUCCUACAUAUUGAGGACGGCACACUUAUUACGGAGUGUUCUGUUGCGCAUCAGGUCGUUCAAGGUCUUGUUGGCCACUCUCCACUUGAAGUGAGCUCAAAACUAGCGAACUCUGACACUCACCAAGAAAUGUUGGAGAGUUUGAUCCAAUUCCAGAAGUUUCUCGAACGAUUUGAGGGCUACAUGGAUCUUGAGUUUAGGAAAACAUCGCCUGUACCCAUGGUUGUGAACAUUGUUGAAGGCGUUGAAAGUACAGACGCAAGGCAUCUUCUCAGACGUUUUCAAAUGUCAGUUCCCAGUCGACCUCCGACUGGGGUCAAGGAGACUAUCGAUCUCCUGUCACCUUGAGCAGUAGAUGAUGGUAUUUUACUGAGUAUGUUACUGAGUAUGCAUACUCAGUAACACAAUUAGUCUCUUCUCUUCACUUAAGCUCAUAGAGUAACUGUUGAGAGUUCAAGUAUUAGAUAAACAUGGACUGUAGUGUUCAACAAUUUUGGUCACUAAAUUUGUGAAUUGAUCUUCACAGCGUACAAUGACGUUAGUAUUAGUUCAUCCAAUUAAUGGAUAUGUAAUGAGGAGGGCCACUGUACAACGGAAACCUUGUGCGUGAGAUUCAUUUAGGGUUCUCAAGGAAUUUUGAAUCUUGGCCAUGUUUAUUAGUUUAAGCUUGAAGAUUGUCACUCUUCUGAGCCCAACUCUUUUCAUAAACCCAAUAAAAUCUAAUUUUUUCAUCGAAUGGUUCGUUUC